GUGCGACACCUGCAAAACAUGAUGGCACCCCUGGGGGAAGAAAUCAUGAUAUUACGGGAACAAUUAUGUCGAUGUCCAAACUGGCCACCGCGACAACCCCGAUUGGCGUCGAGACGAAUGUAGUUGCUAGUACAAAUAUUUCACGAGAAGGCGACGGCUUUGGCGAUUUCACUGCCAUGGGCCCUUCGUCUUCUAGCCUACCAUCCGUUAACGCUACUUCUGCUGCUCAGUCAAGAAUGUUUGAAGAUAGCGCCAGUUCGUCAGGACCAGAAGGUAAACAACCUACCUCAUCUAGCUUCCACAUGAACAUGAUGAACUCUCCAACAGGAGGAGGCCUUGAUCAAACUAGUACUGCAUUUCAAACAGCUUCGACUGGAGGAGGUGAUGUGGACCUAUUCGGGGAUAUGAACACAGGACCAGGAGCUGGAGUUCAAACUCUGGCAACAUCAAAGCAACCUGUGCAGACUACAGGAGUUGUUGUAGAGAGUGCUUUUACAGCAGAAGAUGACGAUGGCUUUGGGGAUUUUUCUGGUGGUGGUGCUGCAACAUCAGCUUUUAGCACUUCAUCCGGAACAGUCGGCUUUUCAAGUACCGCAGCUGCAGGCCUGAUGAAUGCAGGGUCCUCAGAAGCGUUUCCUGCGACGCUGAAUGACGAAGACGACGGCUGGGGGAGCUUCGGAGCAACAAAUGGAUUCGCAGAAACGUCAAACGACGGGCUCGGAACCGGUGUAGCAACCUCAAAUUUUCAGACAGGAGCCUCCUUCCCCGAUCAAAAUGUAGGAAAAAUGAUUGCCUCCGCGGGGUUCGAACAUCCAAAUGCUACCCCCGGACCGCCUGCCACUGAUUUCGGCACACCUGCUGCACCAUGUGGCAAUAAAUUCAGUGCCCUGGACUCACUCAUGGACGGCUUGGCGUCCUCAACGCUAAAAUCAGACGCAAAAAAAACAUCUCCCAGCAGCUCUAGUCCUGCUCCACUAGGAGCAGUAGUCGUUUCACCCCAGAAAUCUUCACCGCAAGUAGAUGCCACAACUACUUUUCAACCUCCUCAAGGUGGUCCUUCAGCUACAGGCACCAUUGAGGAGCCAGCCCUUCUCAUGGGAGAGCCAGCAGUUCCGAAGGUAGAGAAAACAUCCACCCUCCUCGGACAGAUGCUGAAUGUGAAGACGCACAGCAGUAUGGAGGAUCGCGUUGCAGACUUGUUGCAGGAUCUCGCUGCCGCCAAGAAAUUUGAGCCAAAUCUGCGCUUCGCAGAAGAACUAAGAGCGAUUCUUGCGCAACAUGCAGACAAGUCGUCUGAUCUUUUGUCUUUAAGGAUAUUUUGAUUCUCGUGUAAUUCUGCUUUUACUUUUAUGUAGGUGUAGGUACUAGUACUACAUACUAGUGCGUAAGAAAAUAGAAGUAUCCCUAUCAAUAUGUCAACGCUUUUCUUGAGAAAUCGAACAAAUGCAGGCAUCAAAACUGACUCGUCUAGAGCCGAGCGCCAGGAUGUUGCAAAUUUCUUGUAUGUUUUGGUAGAACUAGGAGAAGAAAGAUAGGUUAGGUUAUCAUGUUGGAUCCUCCUGCACAUCUAUCUCUCCUAUGUCGUGAGAUUUAGUUCUAUCUCUAAUAUGUCAAAAUGCGCUGUUGGCUGUGGCCCCGUUGUGCGAUCGGUAUGAGAAGGUCGUGGAGGAGGGCCCAUCGUCUAUGGUGGAUGGAGAAGAGGAGGACUGCGAGGCCAUUCGUGCGAGCCUGCCUAAGUCCUAUCGCGCGGGCUUUGACGUCGCUUUUCCGAAAGAUGAAACCGCGCGAAGCGCUUCUUCAAGUCUGCAACGGCAGCUUAGCGAUAUGAUAUCCCCAGAAUCAGUGCUGAGAAAACAGCUGCUUGCAGAAGGAGGGAAGCACAUCGAGGAGUUGAUAGAAACGAGGCUGCGUCCUGCUAUGAUACGGCAAAGGGCGGCCUUGACGUGGAAACGCUGCGCGGCUGUCCUACCAGCGGGGCCCCCCGAUCGUCAGCGAGUCGAAAAAGCUUUGCAAAGCAUGGCAACUUUACUGGAAACGCGCGUGUUGCCCUCUCUGGAGAACCAAGAAGAACUUCGGCGCGUCCUACACGCUAUGGAGUCUCGAGCUUCAGGUACUUAUACUAGCUCAUCAUACCUUCAGGUACUUAUACUGGUCCACAUUGACGGUGACGGUAUUUGGCAGUCUUAAAGCGUUAUUUUAGCAAAACAGACAGCUGAAAGCUUCACAACAAUCCCAACAAGAUCGUUAUAAAUCAAUGCCUUACACUCUUUGGCUUUAAAGUUAUUUUAGCAAAACGUUAAAAGUUGAUUCCUAAGGAGUCAAUUUUUAACGUUUUGCUAAAAUAACGUUUUAAGACUGCCAAAUACCGUCACCGUCACGGUGGACGAUUUAACUAUUUAGUUCUUGCAACAACUCUUACUUCGCUUAAUUAUCUUUGACAAGCUCAAGCUGAAAUUAUGUGAAAAUGAAAUUGAUUUUUUAUAAUUUCGCCAAUUUUCUAUAAAUUGCUCUUGUUUACAACAGGCACCAGUGCGGGCAAGAAUGUGGACCCGACGCAUCGUUUGCAAGUGGCGCGCGUGGCUUCGUUCCUUCGAGGUGUUCUAGAGUUUCCAAGAUUAGUGUGGCGUUUGCAGUUCUUUGAACGAGUGCAGAAAAAGCGAAUUCGAGACUCCUUGGCGAGACUUGCAGCUUUCUUGGCGCAGGAGGCUGAGACGGUUGAUCGCUUUUUAGACUUCGCUGCAACGCAAAUGAUUUGUAGUGGAGCAGGAGGGCUCCCCGCUCACAGUGGUCAUCAAGGAACUCGGAGUCACGAGGCACUUACGAUACUGAAAGAAGCGUUGAUGCUGGGACGUGAAAACAUUGAUCAACAUGAGCCGGAGGACGAUUUGCCGUGGAUAAGGAAGAUGGCGAGAGCAUCAAAAGAGCUGGAAACUUGUUUGUUCGAGCUGACUUCGGGUUCAGCCCAGGUUUGUCACGUGAGCGGCUUGGCUUGCGAGGUGGGCCUAUUCGGAGAGACGAACCCGGCAAAGACCGCAGUAGUUGCGGAGUCUCAGCUUUCCUAUGUUCAGUGUCUCAAUGCCUGCAAGAUGGCGGAGAAAGGCCAAGACGCCAUUCAGGUUUUCUAACGGGAUAAAGCAUCACGACCGCGGCUGUAGUUGCUUCUUGAUGAGGCUUUGAUUUUCUAAAGAAGUUCUUAACCCUAAGUUCUUCAAGACUUUUUCAGCUCGUCAGCAUCCCCACGCGUACUAUGUUGGUGACGAACUAAAAGAACGGUCGUGGCGCGGUAACUCUACUGUCAUUUGUCUAAGUAGUAGAUUUGCUGUGAGGGAAUUGAAAAUACCCUCAUGGAUCUGUAUCUUUUUCGCAGGUGCC